UUCCACCUAGUGAAUAAGGCCCUGUUUGGCGCUCCAGCGCGGACUCUCCCUCCUUUUUCAUCCGAUCCAAUGGGGUGCAGCCUAGGGUUUCGUCCUCCUCAGUUCUCCGAGGAUUUAGCUUGGCUUCCUGGUUGGCUUCAGCAACAUCAAGCAGAACCAUUCGAUGAGCACAUAAAGAAAUCUCAAACCCCUUCUGAGCUAGCAUUUAAGGAUUUGGCAUCAUUUGAAGGCAAUCCCAAUGAAAAUAAAGAUGCAAAUCUUUUAUCAAGGGAAGAACGUAGAGUUAACAACUGUCAUUUAUUCUUAUCCGGGGAAGACAAUUCACCAAUUAGUUCAUCUUCGUCUCCUGGAAAUGUUCUUCACUUCCAUCUACAUCUUUCCUCGUAUGGUGACUCACAGUACAGCCCAACUCAACAGUUGGAUACAUCAAAAAAGCUGCUUCAAUCUAAUAAAGUUCUGUCAACGCAACUAGUUGAAUACUCUGUUGGUUCUGGGGAGAAGACUCAUUCCAUAUUGCAUUGUGGUGCUGGUGGGCGAAAUUUGUUGCCUCCUAGUUCCAUUCAAAGAACUGUGGUGAAUGUUUCUCCAACAUCUCCCCCCAAUGACAAGGACUCUGAGAGGCAUUAUGGAGAGAAAUUCAGUUUCAGGUUCCUCAAAGGUGCUGAUGUCAAUGAAGCAGUCGAACUAUCUAUCACAGCAUCUGAAGCAUUGGUUAUACACGAAUUAGUGAAGAGUGGAUCAACUACAGAAGCAUUGUCAACAGAAUUGGUACUUGAAGUUGCCCUUCAGGUGAAGAAAGCACGGUUGGAGAUUUUGGAAGAUGCCUUCCAUUGCCCAACCGAGGAUACUGACAACUGUGAUUCUCUUUCUGACUUUGAUGAUGUUGCUAUGGCAGAUGCAUAUGAAGAUGUUGGGUUAUCUUACAGUGUCCCUGAUCAUCAGUGUACUUGUGAUUCAGCUAUGUCUCAUAUCAAAGAGACUCCUCUAUCUGAUGAUCAUUAUAGAUGUGAUAAUAGAAUGAAUUGUUUAGAUGUCAGGUCUCGACAAGUAAAUUUUGAUGAUAGUCCUGCACAAAAACAUUUAGAAGACAAUGUGGACAUGGAUAUGGGGUUAAUAAAGGACUUUCCUUUAGAAUCUCUUGAUUGUGAGAGUCAGAAGAAACUUUCUCAUGAUCCUGUUCUGGUUUCAAAUAACUCAAAAUUGGCCAGAUACGCAGAUUCCAUGUUGCAUCAGUCGGUCCAAGAAAAUUCAGAUGGUUUAUCUAUGGCACAGGAAGUAGAUACCUCUGCACUCUUGAAGCAGAAUAAUGAUAAGAGUUUCCCCAAGUGUUUUCUUGAGACAAGCUUUCUCUCAGAAUCAGCGGAUAUUGCCCCAGACGGGAACUCUUUUGUGCAGAAACAUAAAUCCCAGUCUAAGUUGGGUUCACAGCCAAGCAUACCCUUUGAAGGUCUACAUGACAAAGCUCGUGAAGGGAUAUUGCUUUCUCAAGAUGUGGUUAGAUCUUCAAGCCUCUCUUAUGUUGAUCCUCUUUGUUCUGUUGUCCCGUGCAGUAUUUCUACCGAAAAUGCCGGUUCAACACUAGCUCAGAAUCAGAAUGAUGGGGAAAAAUGCUUUAGACCUGCACCAGAACUUGGGGUAGAGAGUUUGCAAAGGACACUAGAUCAAAAUAUUGAACUUGAACAUGGGGAUGAGCAAGCUAUGUACACAGUUCAUGUGGAAAGUUCUGGGGUAUCAGCUAGAAGGCAGUUGACCUCGCUUAAGACUUAUAGCAUGCUUUUGCCCAACCACGCCCCCCUUUUGGAAGAGGGUUGCCAUUACUUUAACCAGUCAUGGGGUUCUACUAAGUUGCUAUGUUUAAGGUCUGUUUCCAAGUAUGCAGCUGGUAGAAAUAAUGAGGAUAAUCAUAAAACUACUAUGAACAGGAGUUCAGUUGCAGAAGUGGCAAAUCAGAAGAGAAACUAUGAUGAAAUUGAAGGAGAAUGUGGUGAGCUCUUGGUUCAGCCAUUGGAGCAGAGGACUUCACCUCUUGUUCUAAACGAAAGGUCAUGUCCCAAGCAUGGUACACUACCAGGAUCCAUUGUUAAGCAUCAACAAUGCAAAAGUCGUCAAAAUAUACAAUCUGAAUGCUAUAAUUCCCAUGACAAGAAUGCUUCUGUAAGAAAGCGAGUUCGUUUCUCUAAAGCAGAGGACCUGCUCCAGUGGACAAAGAAUGUUCGUAAGCGACAAACUUUACACCAAAACUGUUCAACUGUUAGAGCUAGUAAAAGGCGAAAAUUGUCCAAACCAUGGUCCAUAGCUUAUGGCAUGAAAAGCUGUCUCACAAAUUCUUGCAUUAAGGUUGGGAAGAGAUUGAUUUUUCAAGGUAUAGAAUUCCUUGUUACAGGUUUUUCUAGUGAGAAGGGAAAGGAAAUUGAAGGACUAAUAUGUAAAUAUGGCGGCAUGGUUCUCUGGGAUAUCCCUUCCCCUCCAAAGUCAAGGGGAAAGAGAAGUUCAAGAUCUAUUUGCCGGCACUUUCCUGUUAUUCUUUGUCUAAAAAAGUUAGAAACUUCCAAGUUCUUGUAUGGGUGUGCAGUGAAUGCUUUAAUACUGAAAGUUGAUUGGCUUACUGAUUCAAUUGCAGCAGGUUCCAUCAUACCACCUGAGAAAUACAGGAUUCUAUCAAAGCAAGAUGAUGCAAUGCAUACCAGAAUUGGAAAGCUAGUUCGUCUUAAUAACAAUAAAUAUAUCUUUGAGAAAGUAGGGAUCAUGCUUCAUGGAAAGCAUAGUUUCUGCACCAAAUAUGCAAAAAUAAUCAAGCAUGGAGGUGGGAAGGUUUUUAAAACCCUUCAGUGGUUAGUUCAGAAUUUCGACAAUAAAAAGAUUUAUAUUGGUGCUAUUGUUGCCGAGGACGAGAGUAGGGUAUCACGUCACUUGAAACAUUGUGUCUCGGAGCGGGAAAUACCCAUAAUGGCGAGUACUUCUUUUACUCUUUGA